GUGCACAGUUGUUGAGCAAUUUCUGUUGUGCAAUUGAUCCGUGUUUGUCCUACAUAACUGAGUAACAGGACCUAAGAUCUUUAUCUUGAGAACUCUUGUCCUUGGUGUUACAGUCUAAACUGAAGACGCAACUCCUACGAGAUUCAUUUGAACCACAGCUCUGAGCUUGUUCAUAGGCCACCCCUUAAACCUCUUCUCUAUCAAGAUGAAGCCAGAAGGAGAAAUGGAGCGCCCGCCAACAAUCCCUGUCAAGGGGAUUCCUCUGAUAAAGUACUUUGCUGAAGUUAUGAGAGAGGUGGACAAGUUUCAAGCACAUCCAGAUGACCUGCUGAUCUCCACAUACCCCAAAUGUGGAACUACGUGGAUCAGUGAGGUCAUAGACAUGAUCUAUAAAGAAGGCAAUGUGAAGGAAUGUGGACAAAAACCCAUCGACAAGCGAGUCCCUUUCUUGGAAUUAGCUGCUCCUGGAGUAGAGUCAGGCCCUGAGCUGCUAAAAAAGGUACCGCGUCCAACUGCAAUUAAGACCCAUCUUCCUGUCCAGUUGCUCCCAAAAUCAUUCUGGGAAAAGAACUGUAAGAUUAUAUAUAUGGCCAGAAAUGCCAAAGACGUAGCUGUUUCCUAUUAUUUCUUCUAUCAAAUGGCGAAAGUUCAUCCUGAACCUGGAACAUGGGAUGAAUUCCUACGGAAAUUUAUGGCUGGAGAUGUUGCUUAUGGAUCUUGGUAUGACCACGUCAAAGGCUGGUGGGACAAGAGAAAAGAACAAAGGAUACUCUACCUCUUCUAUGAAGACCUGAAAGAGGAUUCACGCCGAGAGAUCCGUAAAAUAUUGGAAUUCCUGGAGAGGCCCAUGGAUGAACAGCUGGUGGAAAAGAUCGCACAUCACACAUCUUUCCAAGAGAUGCGCCAGAACCCUAUGGCCAAUUAUACAAACAUCCCCAAAUCAAUUAUGGACCACUCUGUCUCCCCCUUCAUGAGGAAAGGAAUCACCGGUGACUGGAAGAACCAUUUCACAGUGGCUCAAAAUGAAUCCUUUGAUGCCCAUUAUAAGAGACAAAUGGAAGGAUCGACCCUGCAGUUCCGGACAGAGAUCUGAUUGCUCUCACCUCUCUCUCCUUUCAGUGAGAGGUUUCUUUAAAAAAUAAUAGAUAC